CCGUCGACGAGGGUUUAUGCGCGGCGAGCCGGCGAGACCACCAGUCCACCACCGCCCACCGCAUCUCGCACAGAAAAACCCCAGCGCAUCCCUCGCCGCCGCCCGGCGCGCGGCCAUGGUGUCGCAGCACGGCAUCCUCCUUGCCGUCAGCAUCAUCUCCGACCACUUCGGCCCCCUCGUAUCGUCAGAAGCUCUUCUUGAAGGAUUACUUCUGAAUGGCAGGCUAACAUUUGAUCAACUUGUGUGGCGAACAAUCUCUAAAAUACCAGAUGGCAGCCCCAAACCAACAAGGGAAGAAAUACGAAUGAACUUCAACAAACUUGUAUAUGCGCAUUAUGUGGAACGUUGCCCAAAACCAGAACCUUUUUUUGAUCCGCUUAUAGAUGAGCAGCCUACGUCCACAAGGAAGCGAGCUCCUAGAGCUGUUGAGACGGUUCUUUCACUUGAGCAAAAAGUUGUCCGUACUGCAGCUUUAUCUGAUGCUGAAAAAUUUUCUGAGAUUCCAUACUCCAUGGAAGAGUCAUCGAAUGCAAAGGAUGAUGAUCAUCAUGCUGUUGCUGGUGGAAAGCGGAAACAUGAAGCCCUAGAAGUAGAUGAAGAGGAUUCAAUAAUUGCAGAAAAUGAAGUACUCUGGCGGGCAAAUUUUGAGAGGUUCAUAUUUUGUUUAAAGAAGAAAUUCUGUGCAGACCGAAAGAAAGCAAAGCUGAAGGUUGGUACCCUUGCUAUAUGGGAAGCAUUUUUUGAGGCCAAUGUAAUGAACAAUGACAACAAGACUGUGACAUCACCAAUGAAUGGAAUUUUGGAGAGAGUAGGACAGAAGGAAGGAGGUUCAUCAAUGACAGUGGAUCAGAUAAUAAGUGUAUUGAAUGAUCUGGAGUGCAUUUCUACCACUAGGGACCCAGAACAAUUCACUUUCGAUUUAAACAAACUGGUCGAGACAUGUCGAAACGAUGAGGUAGAGUCUCUUGUGAAGAAGAAACAUGGGCAAGAAGCUUAUACAAUCUUUAGGUUAUUGCUGAAACAAGCCGGUCCCGUUGAGACCGAUGAAAUUACUGACAAGACAAUUCUAGACAAGCAGAUUGUUCAUGAAACUUUAUACAAACUUUGGAAGGAUGAAUACAUAGAUUCAGAGAGAGUCCCUUCUGCGGCAUCAGGAACAGGAAAUGCACAGUUUUUUGUUUGGAGAGUGAAAAAUACAUAUCGGGAACACUACAUCGAUCAUCUUUAUCAUGCUGCUUUAAACUUGCGCCAGAUGGUCAAUUGUAUGGCUGAACUUCUACUCGAGGGUACAAAGGAUGAAACCAAACUUCGGAACAGAAAGAACAUUUUGAUCCUAGCUCUCACUAGACAUGAUGAGUCCCUCAUGGUGUUCCAUGACUUUUGAUAACACAAGAACAGAUGCUGGCGGCCUGUCAGUUGAGCAACCUACAUGAACCAAUACUAGUGUUCUUCGACGAGUACUUGCUGUGUCAUUGCUUCCAGUUUGAAAGUGGAAAAAAUGCCAACCAUUUGGUUUAAAGUCGAAACUUUUGUGCUGUCUGUCAGGUAAAUUUGAUCUGCUAAUUGGAUUCAUUUGAUAUGCACCGAUCACUUGCUGCCCUUUUUUCCCCACUACAACUCCAGCCAUGAUGCCAUGAUGCCAAAUAGUUUUAUUCUUUGGUGCCAAAAGCACUGGCUGACUAUCCGCUCAGUUGUGUCACAUCAGUGUCAGCGGAGAUCAUGCUCUACCCUGGCCGUUGAACUGUACAGGAUGCUGCAUGCUGGUCCCACUCCCACGCAUAUUCAUGUCUUAUUGUACGGCCGUUCAUUGCCAUGCCCUGACAUGAUUGGUUACUCCACUGGUUUGGAUUCAGCACGGCUUUAAUGUGUU